GAAUCCGGUCCGACUUUGGGCAACCUGACAGUCUCGAUCAAACCUCUUCUGUCAGAUUUGAUCGUUCACUCUGAGGUUCUCAACCAGAGGAGACCAGACACCCACAGGAAUGAAUGGCAGGUUUAUAAAGCUGUGAUUGGUCAGAUGGAUGAACCGAUUCAAGUGACCCUGCUCUACACUUCCUGUUUGGGUGAAGGUGAAGUCACUGUGGCUUUGGACUCUCUGGAUUUCAUCGACUGUGGCUCAGACGCUCUUCCCUUUGGCUCGUACUGCUCGUUUGAGUCGGAUUCAUGCGGUUGGUCCGGGUCCAGUCAGCACUCGGGAUGGAGGAGAGUCGCUGGAGAUGAACUUCUGCAGAAACAAGACAUGCAGGGCGUCACUCUCCAGCGCACACCAGGACACUUCUUGUACCUGCAGGUUAGAGAGAGUAGUUCCUUUAAAGAAGCGUCCUUUCAGAGCUCCUUCUUCCCUCCGCCGAUCUCUACUUCUGCAUGCCAGAUGCGUUUCUCUCUCUACUUGUACGGAUCGUUUAACGGCUCGUUGCAAGUUGCCAAUGAGGAAAACGGGACCGGUUAUACGCCUCUUAUCUGGGAGAGACAAGGCCAGUCAACGGAUGACUGGGAAGCAGUUGCACUGGAAGUGACUGACCUCAAUCAUGGGUUCCACAUCCACAUCAAAGCCGCGUGGGGACGAAACUCCAACGCUGACCUCGCGUUUGAUAACAUCGCCAUCGGCGCGGCCUGCUUCAAAACAGAUCUCAACUCGCUGCAGCAAAUUGACUUUGAUUUCCUGAGUCCGCUUCCUGAGCCGUCGGUCACAGAAGUCUCUCUGAUGACGUGGUGGUUUAACUCAUGCGGUGCCAGCGGCCCCCACGGCCCGACCCAAGCCCAGUGCGACAGCACCUACAGGAACAAAAACGUCAGCGUCACUGUGGGGAAGGAGGGCCCCCUGAAAGGAGUCCAAAUGUGGAAGGUUCCUGCUACCAACCGAUACCAUAUCUCAGCGUACGGCGCUGCAGGCGGAAAAGGAGCCAAAAACCACAACAAACGCAACCACGGGGUGUUUAUCUCCGCCAUAUUUCCCCUGGAAAAAGGAGAAAUACUUCACAUUUUGGUGGGACACCAGGGAGAGGACGCCUGCCCCGGGAGAAAUCCACUUACACAGAAAAUAUGUCUGGGAGAGUCGUCUGUGAUCGAAGACAACCGCAGAUCUGAGACCAGCACGGAGCGUGCAGGUGGAGGCGGCGGCGGUGGAGGAGCCACCUACAUCUUCAAGAUGGAGGGUGGUGAGCUGGUUCCUUUGCUGAUUGCAGCUGGUGGGGGAGGAAACGCCUACCUGGAGGACCCGGAGUCCAGUCUGGACCAGAUGCCUCCAGAGCAGUUUGAGAACAGCACCGCAGCCCGCGGUACCAACGGUCAGACUGGAGCAGCAGGUGGAGGAGGUGGUUGGAAGGACAUCCUCAGUCUUCAUCAGAGCGCCGGCAGAUCACUGGUGGAAGGAGCAGUGGGCGGGACUUCCUGUCCGCUGGCUCUGUCAAAGCUCAGCUGGUCAACGUAUGGCGGGUUUGGAGGAGGAGGAGGAGCCUGCACAGCAGGAGGUGGUGGCGGCGGAUACAGAGGAGGCGACGCUGCACUGACAGAUGACAUCACCGCCGACGGCCAGAACGGCGUUUCCUUCAUUCAUCCGUUGGGAGAGAUUUUCUUACAACCUUUGGCAGCCAUGGAGGGUCACGGUGAGUGUGAGAUCAAGGUGGAGCUGAACUGCAGCCACUGUCGGACGCAGAGCUGCAAACGGGAAGAAGACACUCAUCUCGUCCUCUGCCUCUGUGACGACGAUGAAUUCCUGGCCAAUGACAACGUAACGUGUGUCAGUGCUGCGGUUUCUCCAGCCCCGCCAAGCCCUGUUCCUCCAGGCCAGCUGUCCACGUCGCUGAUCCUGGCUGUCGUCGCCUCCAUCAUCGUCAGCGGCGUUGCUCUGGUCUGCGCCGGCGUCAUCCUCAUGUGGCACCGCAGGAAGAACGACCUGCAUGCUGUAAGGCGGCGUCUGCAGAGCCCAGAGUACAAGCUGAGUAAGAUCCGCUCCUCCACCAUCAUGACCGAUUACAACCCCAACUACUGCUUCGCAGGCAAGGCCGCGUCGCUCAGCGACCUGAAGGAGGUUCCACGCAAGAACAUCACCCUGCUCAGGGCUCUCGGUCAUGGCGCUUUCGGUGAAGUCUACGAGGGACAAAUUCUUGGAAUGAGCGCCGAUGGCAGCCCCAUGCAGGUGGCAAUAAAGACGCUUCCAGAGAUUUGCUCCGAGCAGGACGAAAUGGACUUCCUGAUGGAGGCUCUGAUUAUGAGUAAGUUCAGCCACCUGAACAUCGUGCGCUGCGUCGGCGUCAGUCUAAACAUCCUGCCUCGCUUCAUUCUGCUGGAACUGAUGACCGGCGGAGACAUGAAAAGCUUCCUGAGGCAGAACAGGCCGCGAGCGGGGCAGACCUUUUCUCUCACCAUGCGGGAUCUGCUGCAGAUGGCCAGAGACAUCGCCUGCGGGUGUCGAUACCUGGAGGAGAACCAGUUCAUCCACAGAGACAUUGCUGCCAGGAAUUGCCUGCUUACCUGCGCCGGGCCAGACAGAGUGGCUAAGAUCGGAGACUUUGGCAUGGCCCGAGACAUUUACAGGGCGAGUUACUACAGGAAAGGUGGCCGGGCCAUGCUGCCAGUCAAAUGGAUGCCACCAGAGGCCUUCAUGGAGGGAAUCUUCACCUGCAAGACCGACACCUGGUCAUUCGGAGUACUGCUCUGGGAAAUCCUGUCUCUGGGCUACAUGCCUUACCCCUGUAAAACCAACCAGGAGGUUCUGGAGUUUGUCACCAGCGGAGGCAGAAUGGAUCCGCCAAAGGGCUGUCCAGGCCCUGUCUACCGGCUUAUGACCCAGUGUUGGCAGCAUUGUCCUGAUCACCGGCCCAAUUUCGCCACAAUCCUGGAGAGAAUUAAAUACUGCACUCAGGACCCUGAUGUGAUAAAUACCCCUCUGCCUGUUGAAUAUGGCCCCAACACAGACGAUGAUGGCGGAACGGUGAUGCGUCCCUCUGCCCCCAACUCCACCAGUCUCACUCCUUUACUGGUGUCCCGCCCUGUUUGCAAGGACUCACCCUCCCAGCUCGGUUUCUCCCCCAAGGGCUUCAGUCCCCCAGUCCCUCCACCGCAGCCCACCAAACCUCGCCUUCUGCUACAGAGAACCCAACCGGUCCACCAGGAAGUGACUUCCUGCUGUGAAAUGCUGGAGCCAUCCUGGGCUGAAACUGUUCCUGCUCCUGGUUUGUCAUCCGUAGCAAACUCUCUGCAUCCGGAACCUCCUCAUCACCGUCCCUGCUCCAGAAACAGCUCUUCCUCGGGGAGCCAGAGGCUGAAAAACAAGACCAAGAACCUUUGGAACCCAACAUACGGCUCCUGGGUCCUCGAAAGCUUUCGGGCGAAGAAAACGCUGGCUCAAACUCAGUCUAUGCCGCUCUCUUGCAAUUCGACUGAGGAGAACAACAAAGCUGUUUGCGACGGAACCAGCAGCACCUACCUCAGCCCAGCUUGUCAAGUCCAAGCUGCCCCAACCAUCUUGACAGGAGGCAGCUCUAAAACCAGGUUGGACCUGGCUAAACUCCACAGCUUCCCCUGUGGGAACGUCAACUUUGCCUAUGAUGAGCAGAGCUACGAGGCAGAGAGCCUGCUGCUGGCGAAGCCCAAAGCCUCAGAAGCCAUCACAUGCAGCAUCAGUCCACCGAGCGUCUCACCGGGAACCAGCCUGGGUCUGGCGCUGGGAUUCAGCACCGCCUCAGCCUGUAUGCCCAAACUUCUGCUGAAACGCCACGCCAGCUACGGACACGAGGACGUCAGGAGGCACGCUAAAACAGAGAAGCUCAGCCGCGACCGGGACUCUGGCUUUUCUCUGUCUGAGGACCUGAGUGUCGCUCACAUCUAGAAAUCAGCAUGUGGCAACAGACUUUGAAUCUGAUGAAAUACGUCAGCUGGACGAUGAGCUCUGCAAAGAUUAAAUGACUGCAGCUCCUGAUAUGCUGGAAACCCAAUGAAAUGCUGACAUUCACACAAACACAUCUCUGUACCUUAAAGGUGACCUAUUAUACUUCCUUGAACAGGUUAUGAUUGGUCUAUGGCCCAUACAAAACUUGUCCAUUACAUUUUUUGCACCAAAUCAUUCUUAGAUUCUUAGAAUGAUAUGGAAAAGGCUGCAAGCAGAGGCACAAUUACACCACCGUACAUGUUUGAAAAGCAGAAGUGGAGCCUCCUGCACAACCAAUAAGAAUGUAGCAAGUGGUUUCUGGAUGGUAAGUCAACGACAAAACACUUGUCUUUUCCAGCAGCCAUUGUACAGCCCAUACAGUUGCUAGGUAACCGCACAGUGCCUGUCGAUUGCGACUCGACAUUCGGGAGGUUUUUGAAACAACUCACUUCCCAGACACCAAAAAAUAACUAUUUAUUUCCAAAAAAUGGCUCUGUGGAUUUUUUAAGUGCUUCGAAGCAAACAGAAGUGUAAAAACAUGCAAAAAAUAAAGUUAGCAUAACAGGUCGCCUUUCAUACAGAGUCCGUUGUGUGCUUAGCGCCCCCUUUUGGGCUUCUGGUGCAGAGGUAGCCAAACACUGAUGCUGAGAUAUUUUCACUGCUACCUUGUUAUCUUUUUAUCCUGCUGUAGUUUCAUGAAUGCUUUGACAGAAGUGUGUUCAUAUUAAUAUCUGUUUAACCUCAAGCGAAGGACUUUUUAAAGAAGAUUUGUUUUAGGAAAUACCGACAUCUAGUGGCCAAAAAGGAGAUUGCUGCAAUCUAGCCCCAACUUUGACUGAUUGAUUUUAAUCUCAACACAAAUAAAAAUACCCUAAAAAAAACUAGCAGCAUCAUGGAAAAAGUUAAUAAUUUUUUUUUAUAGAAUAGAUUAAAAAAAUAGAUUCCAAACAAAGUGCAACUUUUCUUUCUUUCCUUUUUCUUUCUUUUUUCUAUUGCUUCAUUUUGCUACCUUAAGUUACUUAUUGAGAAAAUUUAUUUUUUAUGUUUAAUUUUAAUCAACAUAAACACAAACUUAAUUUCUUCUUAUUUUUACGUUAUAUAAAUUACAAGCUUCCUUCUCGCCUCCUUUCCCUUACAUAAUGUGAACUUUUGAGAACUGCAGUCACAUCUUUUUACUCUUUCCCUAAAGAUUUUUUUUGUCAUUUUUUGAUCCAUUAAUGUUUCAGAUAAUGUUAUAAUCAGAAAGAAUAAAGUUUAUGAAAGCAACGCUACUUAGAUCUGCACCUGGGUUCAUAUUUCGGUGCUUUUCCUCCUGUUAAAACCCUUUUUCACCUCCAGUCAGACGUUUACAUCCACUUGUUAUCAUCAGGGAUGUCCACCUAAUUCUGAGCUUUUAAUUUCUCACAUGAAACUGUGAUUAUUUAAAAAAAAUUAAAAAGUUAAAGUUGAUAUUUAAAAGCUUAGUACACCCUAAAAAUGAUCAAGCAUGGUAGUGGUAGUAUUAUUCUGUGGGACUGUGUCACUGCUGGUUUUACUGGUGCCUUGAAAGAAUGUCAAGUCAACUUUAUAAUUACUCAAACAAUUUAAACAUUGUUUUUAAAACUUCACAUUAGAAUGUUGGCUUUGACCGGAAAUAACAAAUUUAUUCAACCAUUAAUGAAAUAUAUUUAAUGAGCUCCUCCUUCUUGGCUCACUGUUCUGUAAUUUACAAAUUAAUGGCUGGACUUUGACUAGGACUUUGCAGCUGUGAACGUUUUAAUUCCUGCCGUUAGAAAUGUGGAGGGUGUAACACCUGCGAUCAUCCAGCAGGGGGCGGCAGGUGUUCAUAUUUUAACAUGACGUCAGUAUUUUUAUUUUUAUUGUCUGUUUAUCUUUUUUGUACCACAUUUUAACUGUAAACUGCUGUAGUUUUUGUUGACUAUUUUUAUUAUAAGAUAUUCAAAACUGUUUCAAUUGUCUCAUUGUAAUUUUUAAUUAUUAUUAACAAAAACCCUCAAAACAAAUUAAUGCUGCAACUGAGCAGAGAUUAAUUUACUUAUAAUAAAAAUAUUUUUAAUGUUUUUUUUUUCCUAGUCUUGGCCAGUAGGCGUCUCUUGUUAGCUUAAUGCAGCUGUGAAAAUCUUUAUUUUUAUACUCACCUCUGUACACUGGACUAACCCUUUACAUUUCGUACGUCGUUUUAUUGUUAAUGUUGACACUGUAGUGAAUCACUGCCAUUUACCUUUUGAAUUUUUUGUUUUAUGUGGCAAAUUAAUUAGUUUUAUCAUUUAUAGCCUCAACUGUUUCUCUCAUGUAUGUUAUAAUUUGUUGAAUUUUGUAUAAAUUGUGCUCAGGCUUGCUAAUAUUAGUGUCUUAAUUUACAGCUGCUGACUCAUAAAUAAAGUAUAUAAGAAUCUGUAAA